AUGGCGGUAAAAAAUGGUGCUUACAGUCUGGAGGAAAAACGCGAAGCUGUGGCUUAUUUUAACAAGAAUGAAGUUCCAAAACGAAUCGAACAGCUUCUUAAUAAGAUGUUCAAGGAAAAGCCAAGUGAUAUCUUCGGCUAUAUGGUGCGUAAAGGGAUUUUUCUCUGGUGUUUGCCUGUUUCAGCUGUUUACAGCGACUCGUUGUUAAACGACCAGGACAAAACGUUGAGACUGCAGGCUGCAGGCUGCGUACAAAUACAGUCCAGAGUGCGCAUUGCAGAGAAGACUUAAAUCCAGCCUGACACUAGAUACGAUUAUUGAUCACACCGUUGAGAAUCGGGAAUCCUUGCCCAUUUUGAUGAUACUUGCUCUGGUAAACGAUUUUUUGUGGUGUGAAUAUUGGUAAAUAUGAUUUUUUUUUUAGGCUGAGUACUUUGGAAGUCACUCACAAGCACCAACAAUAUCCAAGGUAUUUGUUUAAUGACGUUUAUAUAAAUUUAUAAGUAGGGGAGUGAGAGCACAAUAAGCCGCCAGCGCUUUAUAUUUAAGCUUACUAAAACACAUAAUUCAAUUUAAUUUCUUUUGUUUGCCUUUGAUAUUUUACUACAUUUUUCAAAUGUUAUUAACAUUGAUUUUCACCAGGGAACUGUUUGCUACACACUUAUUGUUUCUUUCUUAAUUUAUUGAUGAGAAAAAGACAACAAAUCUUGCUUGCCUGUCGAGCAAACUGCGGUAAAAAGCCCGAAGGGUCGCUUCACUAGCCGCAGGCUAUCAGACAGCACUUUUGUCGAGCCCUGGUAACAGUGCACUGUUACCCUCUGAUGUCUUAGGUUUUGCAAUGUUGCCUGCUCAGAGAUUUUGGCAGGAAACAGUUUCAUUGUUAGAUGUCAUGUGAUGUUGAAGUGAUCAAUGAGAGUUCACCCUGCUGGGAAAACAUUCCCAGCUUUUUUUCCACAAGUGCAAAAGUUGCAUCUAUAACUACGAUGUUCUUCUUUCAUAGUUUUCGUAUAUGAUAAUCAUAUAUUCUUAACUUCAUCAUCAUCCUUUCUCAGGUUUAAUACAAACCAAUUCAAUGACCUGCUCCCAGUUGGCUUGUUACCUCAAUCGAUAAAGCACUGCACCGGUAUUGCAGAGGUCAAGGGUUUGAAUCCCGUAGAAGCCUGAAUUUUUUCGGCCUUUCUUUUCACAACUGCAAAAGUUGCGUCUAUAACUGCCAUGAUCUUCUUUCAUAUAAUUCGAAAUAAAUACUGGGAAAUAAAUUAUUUAUACCCAUGUAGGUAAAAAAUAUUUGUAUUCCAUCCUAAACAUCCUAAGUGAGAGCAAAAUUUACAAUAUUUAUUUCUACUCCAAGGGUUGCUUCACAGGUGUACAUGUAAGUCUAACCAUCAGCUGGUUAGUUGGGACCUACAGCUACCACUCCACUUUCUAGUACUUAACCCAAUAGUUAUUAUCACCAAACCAACACUAGCCAGCAUGUUCUCAGUAAAUAUGUAUGCAUUCAUAAUACAGACAUAUAUGAAACUUUAACUGUUAAAGGGUUCCGUUGUUAUAGGGUUACUUCACAGGUUUACAUCUAACCACUGACUUCAAGGCUGUGCUCUAAGGAAAAUUGAAGGGAGCCCAGUGCUCUGAAACUGUAAAAUCUAGGGCGCCCAGCAUAUAAUUUGUAUGAAAAAUCUGAGAUUUUCUAGUCGCCCAAGGGCAAAACUUAGGCGCCAGGGGCCACCGGGCUCUGCUAGAGCACAGCCCUGGACUUGCUACCUCGGUCGUAGCACUCUUCAGUCUAGUAUUCAACCAUUUACACAGUUGUCAAUCGAGAUUGAUAGCCCCAGGUUCAAUUCUCGGCCAGUACACCAACACUCAUUCACCUGAUGCAACAAAUUUUUAUCGUUUCCAUUCAGAGACUUUUGACAGAAAGCAGUUUCACUCAUUGUUAAAAUUUUCCUAUUCACCAAGGUAGGGUUGUACAAAGCACUUCUAGUUCUAACAAUCAAUGAGUAACUGGAAAUAUAGCAUAUUAGUAAAAUUCAACUAGUGGUCUAUUAUCAAUUCUGCAUUCUGAUUGGUUGAGCUACUACUAGACUAUAUGUUAUAGCCAACUAGUAGCGAAAAGCGCCGGCUUUGGAGACCAAAACAAUGGCAGCUGAAUCGCGUUUUGCUAGCUAAAGCUGUUUUGUUUCGAUAUUUUUGACCAACUAGUUGAUUUUAGUAAAACAUUAUUCCUUUCAUCCUCAUGGCUGCUGAGUCAAUAGCCCAUUCAGGCUCGAGGAAUAAUUCUUAAUGAUUUGUCAUGGCAACUAACCCUGAUCAUCCCUUGAACUACUCAGUCCAGAGUUCCCCAACUUUUUCCUGGUAAAUUUUAUUUUACUUUUGAUUUAGAAUUGACGUCACCACUUGUUUGACAAACCUUGUUUACCUAGUUUAGUGCCUUCUUCUUGUAUCGCUUAGGUUUCUGCAGAAAACGUUCUUAGCUGUCGAGGGUUCCCAAGUUUUCAACUUAGCCUUAACUGCACAAUAAAUGGACUUUCCAAGGUAAGUAUGAUCUAUCAUACAAUGUAUACCCCUUUUCAUUGUUCACACCCUUUAGUUUUCGUCAACAUUAUGUUUUGAAAAAUGCUUGUGUGUUACAGGUCAAAAUUCAGGCUAAUAUUUGUUUACCUACCGUCCAUAUAAGGAACAAAAUUAAUAUAAAGUGUUGCUAAAAGACACUUACUUCCAUAAAAUGGCAACCUUUUUGCAUAGUAGACUUCUCUAUCUCCUCCCCGUUUGUACCCUGACCCCUCCCCCCAAAAUCAAUGUUGUAUUUUAAACCCUUAAGUCUUUCUUCAACUACAUUAACAAACAACAUUGAUUUGGGUGUGGUGGGAUUUACGGCCUUUGAACAGAGAUGUAUGAUAAAUGAAUGAAAUUGUUGAUGAAAGCAUGCAUUUCAGACAAGUGUGUCAACUACUUUAGUCCCUGAUUGUAGGUUUGAAUUCAAUUUCUUUUGUCUCCUAGCCCUAAUUAAUUAUUCAUGAAUAAGGGCUAAGAAGCAAGUUAAGGAAAUAGAGAAUCAACCUAGGUUAAAAAAUUUGAACUUGAAUUUAGUUGUGACCUGUUACAACGGAUUUUUAGACAAAAAGUUAUAUACUACAAUUUAUGUGUUGGAGUUCAAUUUUAUCCUUGGUGUAGAUUUUAUUUUCCUUUGUUUUUGGGUAUGGUAAUGUAUAAUGAUAAGUUUGAAACAUAGGAAAAUAAAAUUUGAACCAAGGAUAAAUUGAACCACAACAUAUGCAUGUGUUAACUAACCAGAAAUUACAACUUUACAACCAAGAGAUUGUAAGUGAGUAUCCACCUAAACUCUCAAGCUAGUGGUUAGAACGACCAAGGCUUACACGACGUUACCAAUAAAAAAUCAUAAAACUGUCAACCCAAAAAGUGGUUGUGGUCACUUAAUUUAAGGGGAGGUGGUUGUUUAAAAGGGGCUCUGCCCACAGAGCUUUGACAGACUGGGAAAAAUUUUGGUAUUUUGAAUACUGGGUGUGGUCACCUAAAUGCCUGUAUUCGCCAUUUGCACUUCUCCCAAAAUACACUUUGUUUGCUCCCAUAAUUUUGCAUAAACUUUCUUUUUAAUUUCUCUUGGGUAUUGCAGUCUUCCCAAAAGACAUGGAAGGCAAUGUUUUUGCAAAAUUUUGGGGGUCAAGCAAGGUGUAUUAUGGGGGAUGUGCAAAUGGCAAAUGUGGUUGUUACAAAAUUGAUAAUAAAAUUAUUCUUCAUUUCUUGAUUUUUUAUGUCAUUUUCAUAUUAUAUUUUAGCAUGUUGCAAGUGUGGCCUCCUCCGUAGAUGCUAGUCCUCUUCUAAAUGCUUUACCUGCCAAGGUCAAAACUCCAGAUGCUAAGACCAAGACACCUGAUCUAGCUAAACAACAAAAGGGAGCAGAUGCUACCACUACAAGUAAUGACGGAGAGUUGAGUAAUGAUAAUAAAGGGCUGGAUGUGGAGGAAAUGAUAGAGAGAAUUGAUGUCAUUAUUGGUCCAAUUAUCACCGGGCUGGAUCCCACUGACCAGACAACAGUGGAUGAAAUCUUACAGUAAGUAAGCUGGUUUGUGUCAUCACCUUCAAUAAAGCGUUGAAAUUAGUAUUUAUACUGUACACUCACAUAUCUUAAGGCUUCUGUCGGCAAGGUUUUGAUAUUAAAGUUGUGCACAACCAAAUCUUCUUCUUAAAAGUCUUUUUUAUUUAAAGAUCUUCUCAUUCCCUUCUGAUUCAAAGCACUGUUUCAUUGAUACUUUUCCAGCCUCCAACUCUGGAAUUUCCACUGAUCUUCGAUAAGUAAGGUCUUUUUCAGUCUAGAAUGAUCCUUGAGGGGAUCGAGGUACUCUGUAUAAUGGCCUAUACAGGGUACAGGGAGGGUCCCCUCAGGUAAAUUUGUUGUUUUGGUCAGUAAAAAGGCUCCAAAGGGCUAAUUCAUUCAUACUUUACAGUUUCCUGCAGGAAGAAUGAUCUGCUCAGUUUAUCUAGACAUAGUUAAUCAGUGACAUCAAGGGCUUCAACUCAGUCAAUACAUAUACAUAGUUAAUGGCUAAUCGCAGUUGUUACCCAUUAACAACGACAUAGACAGGGCCAUAUAAAGGUUCCAUAUGAAUGGUGUGCCUGGAUAAUUAAAGGAAUAUGACUGUAUCAGUAUGUAGUCAAUGAUGUUGUUGGCCUUUUCCAGUCUAAAGACAGAUUAUCCAUCUUCAAAAUCUGCCUAAACAGACGAAUAAAAUCAGACAGAUUAUUCAUGAAAAGUGAACACUGUUUUGCUUGAUGGAGAGAUUCAGUCUCUAGUGUGAAAACGGACAUUGGAAGGUUUUUAGGCUUGGAAAAUGGUGCUGAUUGAGUUAAGUGCAAAAAAUUUAUCUGCCACUAUCAUUGCCAUUAGAAAAUUAGAAGAACAAGAAAAGGCUGCUUCUAAAGUUGACAGCAGUGAAAACAUUGAGAAUGAAACGGAGGAAGAUGCAGAUGCAGAUAAAGGAGAAGGGAGUCAAAUUGAUAGCAGAGCUGAUACAUCCAAGAAGCCCAGUAUGCCUAGAGGAGAGAGUAAACAGUCUCACACUUCACAGGUAACCCAACUAACAAUAAUUACUGCCUUAGUCCAGUUGGUUAUCUCUUGUAGUUCCAAUCUUUCUUUGCCUAAAAUGACCAUCUUUUUCUCCCCUUCACUGUCUGGUCUUGUUUUUUGUGUGCAAUAAAAAAAUACAUGUAUUAGCUUCGUGAAAAUGAAAAUAAGACUUCAUUGACUUGUUUGUUUUCAGUUCAAAAUAGGUACUUUGUGAAUAAUAUUAUUGGCGGAAUAACUGUUGACUCAGUUUACUAGUAUGUUAGUGUUACAACAGUAUAACUGCAUGAAUUCUUUAACCUCACCAAUACUUGAUUGCGAUAGUCAAAUGACCUCAACAGUCGCUCGUUCUCACCGAAUUAAGAAUUUCAAAGAAUUUUUUAACUUCACCAAUACAUGAUUGCAAUAGUCAAAAUGACUUCAACAGUCACUCGUUGUCACAGAAUUAAGAAUUUCAAAGAAUUUUUUAACUUCACCAAUACUUGAUAGCAAUGAUCAAAAUGACUUCAACAGUCACUCGUUUUGACAGGAGACAAGCAAGAAAACAGACAGUAAAAAACAAAGCACCAAAGAAUCAGUGACACAAGUUAUAUCUGACUUGGAUGAAGAGGUACUCUGUACAGAUUGUGCUAUGAUUGGCGUUUCCAUGGCAACAGCUAUUACAGGUGCAAAAAUUAAGGGAGCUCCUUUGUAUGAACAUCUGGCUUUUCUCUCCGGGAAAAAGGUAUUUUUUUGUUUGCAGUAGUUAUCUUUUUUUGUGAUCAGUUAUACCAAAAAAAUUAACAAUUUUUCUUUUUUGAGCACGCCUUUAGCCUGUGAAGGCACACUCAUUUCUGGCAACUCCUCCUCUCCGCCACGAAGGAGCAGCAGCUGGAAAUAUAUCUGCAUUCGUGAGCUCGCAUAGGUUUAUGACUAUGGAACUCGAAAGAAAAUGAACUUGGUUUCGACCGUAAGAAAAAAAAAAAGAUCGCAACUUUUGAUCCUGGAGCCAAUUUAAUUCAAGCUCAAACAGGGUAAUUUACCACUAAAACUAGCAUAGCUACAUUUAAUAAAGUUUAAUUAAAUUGAGCCCUCAUUUUUUCAAGGAUGUAAACAACGGAUUACAAAUCUAAAUGUUUUAUUUUUUUGUUUAACAUGACAGCCUGAUAGCAAAUUUUCUCUGCCGAUUCCAAUGAUGACUGUACUGUCAAGUGGAAAGUUUGCGGCAGGAAAGCAGAAUUUUAUCAAAGAAAUUAUUAUUUUGCCACAACCUGGAACGCCCAUGACAGAGGUACCAAAAGUUAUUGUUGUUGUUAUUGCUCUUUUGACGUACGUUGUAGUUAGUGAAGUUGGCAAGUGCAACAAUAAACUACGAGUAGUCCCCCUUUUUUCCUCAGGGAUAGUAGAGCGAGCGAAACGCGAGCGCGCGUGAAAUCACUCCACGCGAGAAAAGGCCUUUCUCGCGUGGGGUGAUUUUCACGCGCGCGCUCGCGUUUUGCUCGCUCUACUAUCCCUGAGGAAAAAUGGGGGACUACUCGUAUUCUAGUGCAACAAUGACGAGGGAGCGUUAGCAACGGUGAUUAUGGCAAAGGCAACGGCAGCGAAAAAGCGACUAUAAAAAUGAAUUCUUUUCAACGCGCUUAAAAUGUCAAAUGUAGGUGAAUUUCCCUGGGAUUGAAUUCUUGGGAACCGCACCAAAUUUAAGAAAGACAGAGAAAAAAUCGCCUUCGCGUGUUUACGUGAAAUAGGAAAUUUCACGUGGUAGUCGUGCAUUAAACUGUCCUGCCUGUAAUGUUUCAAAAAGUGUGCUGCAUGGGCAGUGGUUGCUUUACUUAUUAAUAUACCGUACAAUUCCGAAAAUAAGCCCCUCCAAAUAUAAGCCCCCCAAACCGGUAACGCAAAAAACCCUCCGUUAAAUCGCCCCUCCAAAUAUAAGCCCCCCGGGGGCUUGUACCUGGAAAAUUGCCCUCAAAUAUAAAGUAAAACAAAGAAAAAACAGUAAAUUUACUUCCAACUAUAACGCUAGCCCUAUCGAUUUUGAAAUUUUUCUACGUAGAUAAGCCCCUCCGAAUAUAAACCCCUCCAAAAAAUAAGCCCCUCAAAAAGGGCCUUUGAAAAAUAUAAGCACCGGGGCAUAUUUUCGGAAUUUUACGAUAUGUUUGUAUAUGGUUUGCAACAGAACACCGGACUUUUAUUCACAUAUAAGCAGCACGUCGGACUCGCGAUCCGGCGAACCCCGGUUCGACUCCCGCUCUGACCACUAACUGGAUUUGUUUCUCGGUCUUAACGAGUUUUGUCCUCUGCCACGCUUCUAAAUAGCCAACUGCUUGCCUACUGCCAGUUAGGGUUUUUAAUCCUGGUAUGUUUUAUUUAUAUUGUUUGUUUCAAAUUAUCUGAGUGGAGUUCCUGUUAACUAGCUAGAGUAGCUAAGUCCACAGUUUCCCUUGCCAUAAACAGAGCAUCGACUUUCAAUAUUAACACGUAGGCUGGAUUUAUUGUAGUUUGCGUUCUUGAUCCGACGGAUUGUCCCCUAGGAGUCCAGUUUUUCCUUUAUAUGUUUUGUAAACCUGGGAACACAUCCAAGUCUUAAUUCUAGUAGGAAUUCGUGGACCGCGGGUUUACUGAAGGUUACUGAAGCGUCAAGAUUAUUCUUCUCUCUUGCUGAAAUCGUCAUUCAAUGCUCAAACUCCAUGUUUGCUUUGCUUAGCUUUGUUCACAAGAUGAUAUCAAAUUCAUAUGAACUCUAUCUCUUAGGGUUGAUUUCCAGUGUCGCGUAAUUUUUACGUGCGUACUUGCGUAAAAUUUACGUUCGCUAAUAAAAUAGAGGCAACGCAUGAAAGGUCGCUCGAAAGUGUAAGAGUUGAACCUCGCUCAACCUCUUGUUUGAGGUCAGCACUUUUUAUCUUGCCUCUAUUUUAUUUACGUGAUUAGAAUUUACGUUCGUUUACGUGCGUAACCAAAAACGCGUUAGUGCAAAUCAAACGUAACAGAGAAACGUACUUGCAAAAGGACAGAUGACGUCAAUACUCAGAUGACGUGGCAGUAAUGUCAAAAUCCAUCGUAUUUGUCUAAAGUGCGUUUUCGCUCACGUGAACAGCAGCUAUGCAUAUUUAUUACGACAAAAGAAAGCGUUUAAACAAGAGAGUUCAACUCUGGUCGCCUUUUUAAAUGUUUUGAGACACCAACAUGGCGCACGUGACGUCAUGUGAAAACGCUUCAUAAGUAUCCCCGUCUUUCUUGAGCGAUUAUCUCAUUGGUUACCUAGAUGUAGCUCCUUUUCUGUACGUGUGAUCCCCUACUUGAAACCUUGCCAUAUCUUCCUCAGCAUUUCCACCACAGCUUGUCUAAUAUGCCUCAUUUUCCAGCAGUAAAUCAGCGGAUUAAGCGUUGAACUUAGAAAAGCAAGAGUCAUAGAGUAGAGUCUUAAACCCGUGGUCGUUGUGGUUGUUCCCAAGAUAGCAAAGACGACAUAGGUACAUAUUCUUGGAAAAUAACAAACCAAGAAAGCGAGAUAUAUGAAGCAAGUAGCAAUUGCGAAAUUUCUUACUCUUGCACCAUCGAUGCUCGCAUUCUGAGCUGUGUGUUGAAGAUGGGCCGCGCGAAUUUGCUUUGUAUGAUACCGCACGGCUUUAUAUAUUUUGUAGUGAAACCAAGUUGUGAUCAAGAGCCCAGAAAUAGCAAUAACAACAAAAAACGAGUAAUAAACGUGUUGUUGGAUCAUUAGUCUAAGUAACGAUGAAAAAACGCUGAAGACCCACAUCAAAGAAACCACAAUGAAAGCGCGCUUGCGUGUCACGAGUUCCUGGUAUCUGAGGUGAAGAUGAAUCGCCAAGAAUCUGUCUGCGCUUAGAGCCAUCACUCCAAAGACUGAAGUACUACCAACAAUAUUGACGGCCGUAACAAACGCGGUAUACAUGCUGUUGAAAGUAGAACUAUUCUCAGAGUUUCCUUGCACCCUAAUGAUGAUGAGUGCAAUAAACAUUGGGUGGAUUAAUAUACCAACGCAAAGAUCAGAUACAGCGAGACUCAGAAGCAAUGUUUUGGACGGUUGUUUUGGGAACGUCGUUUUUAUCAGCGCUUGAAUUGUGAUGCUAUUCAGCGCAAUGGCGGUACAUGAUAAAAAAGCGUUUAAGACUAUAUUUGCAAUAAAUGAUGAAUGGAGUAUUUUAUCUCCUUCCAUUAUCCAGAAAACUAGCGAGAAAGGACGUUUUGAUAAUGAAAUGAUGUACUGAAGAAUCUCUGAAGAUGUCAAGCUUUUAGGAAGAGCUUGGACAUGCCGAUCUUUGCUGAAACAACGGUCGAGAAAGGGUUAAAAGUUUGAGAAAUGUCAUUAAAAUAUCGACCGUCUGUUCAUUGUUUCUUUAACGAUGCUGGUUACCUUGUUAAAGAUGUACAACGCUGAGAGAAAAACAGUCCGCCUUGGAUGCAACAAAAUAAAAAUUUGCAACGUAUAUCCUGCCUUAAAUAAGAUUUGUUUUUUUUCUUCUUGCGUCACUCAAGAUGCUUUGAUGUUUCUUCUCGUUUUUACUUUUGGCUCGUUUGAUUAGCUUUUUCGUGAAUGAUGACGAGAAAGCUGUUACGAAGAGUCAAAUAGUUGCUUUUCUGUGUACAUCUACAUAUUAAAAGCUGUCAGGUCCGAUUGACAUCAAGCCAAUUAUGUUACAUACUUGGUGUGUUUACUUGUUUUAACUGUCUUGUUGCGGCUAAAAGGGCCCGCCUCUCCAUGUCCAGCUGCCCCUACCUGAACAUUUCCUUAAACAAAGCUUAUCAUUAAACUGGUGUAGUUAUAUUGAAUUUCGACUCUGCUCGCCAUAGAUCCUCCAGUAGCUCAGUGGUCAGAGCAUCCGAACUAGAACUCGGAUUGUCGUGAGCUCGAUUCUCACCUGAAGCUCGGAAUUUUUUCUGAGCUUUCUGGUCUUAGAAUUCUUCUUCUUCCAAAUUACAGUUGUUUGCUUUUAAUUUGAAAAGUCUGUGAAAACGAAAUUAAAACCUUGGUGUGAAGACGAUGUUUUCAUUGAGUUCUUCACUGAAAAGGAGGCAGAUCACUAUGUUUUCUUUCUGAAAUCUUAAAAUUGCUAUUUAAUGUAGAUUCCCGUUAGCGCCACCGAAAACUAAAAUUUUUUAGUCAAUUUUUUCGCUUUAGGGCCUGAAAAUGAUAGGAUGAAAAGGAGUGGGUAAUUGCACUUGAGCAAAAUGACAUUAAGACGGAAUCCAUCAGGAAAUUGAGUAAUUUCAAUUUUCAAUGGACAAAAAACCUUGUACCAAUAUAACUUAAACAAUUUUGCAUUCUUUUUUUUACAUUUUUCAAGGGCUAUAUAGUUAUCUGUAAUAACACCAAAGACUAUUUCUCACGGGAACACCAAAGACAAAUCCUUAUGAGAUUCUGAGAAAAUAAAUGUCAAAUUUCACAAGAUUUGUGAAAACACGGGUAAAAUUCUGAAAAUUUCAUUUGUAAGGUUCAUUUUGUGAAAUUUGACAUUUAUUUGCUCAGAAUCUCAUAAGGAUUUGUCUUUGGUGUUAUUACAGAUAACUAAUUACAUCCAUAGCCCUUGAAAAAUGUAAAAAAGAAUGCGAUAUUGUUUAAAUAAUUCUGGUACAAGGUUUUUGUCCACUGAAAAUUAAAACUUCUCAAUUUGCUGAUGGAUUCCGUCUUAAAUUCGUAGUGUUUUUUAAGCUCUGUGUACCAUUAAUAAGGGGCACCCAACAACGGUUUCCUCAUAAAUGCAUUGAAAACACUUUUUAUCCUGAACACAUUAAGAUCUCUCAGACAUGUGUUCUAAGUGGCGCUUAAAAAUUUUCAUCGGUCACUCUGGGGCAACCUGAGUCUUUUCUAAAUUACAAGGGCGUUAGUAUUUUUUUCCCGAAAAUUUUAGCUGCAAUUUAAAGUUUUACGAAAGGGAGAAUUUUUCUGAUUCCUCUCUGUAUCGCAUUUUCGAUUCCUAAAAUUUUAUGUUUCCUUUCUCUACGAAAAAUAGCCUAACCUGGGGAGUGAAAUGUGAAAAAUUAAACUUCACAAAAUCUUAGGAAAUUUGUUAGACAACCUUCGAAAAUUGUACAUGAGUGGAUCGGUCAUCAAGAAAUUUUUAGCCUUCCUCAAGCCGGCUAUAGAAAAUUCUAGGCAAUUUUUGCUUUCCGAACAGAUAUUUUUCAGAAAACAGUCCUUGGGCGUCCCUGAUUAAUGUCGCAGAUUGUAAGUUAUCAACUAUCAUUGCAACACAAAUGAGAUUUCUUGCCUUCUUGUCCAUUUGGGGUAGUCACGAGAAGUUACGCGAGAGUCUCACGAGAAAGGUGACGCGAGUGCGAGGGACGCGUUCUCCCGCGCACUUUCAUUACGGUUCACUUACAUGGCACGUUCGUGGCGCGAGAAAUCGUGAUAAACUAGAGCUUUUGAAUAAACGCAUUUUGAGAUUUAUCUUUAAUUAUGCAAAUUCUAGUUAUGACGAGUUGCUAAAGAAGGCUAAGACAGCAUCUUUGUACAGUGGAAGAAAUCACAAAAUGCUUAUUGUAGUGUUUAAAAGCUUAUUUGUCUCUGCGUAUCCUAAAUUGUUCUCUCUUCGCAGCUCCAAAUAUUUUGUGAGAGGGAACAAUGUACUAACCUUACUUGAAUAGGACAACCACUUAUCGACUCGAGCCCAUCAAGUACGAAGCUGCAAAGCUCUGGAACUCACUUAAAGACGACAUGAGACAAAUAAUAUCAAUCGAUGACUUUAAAAAUUCCUCAAGCAAUUUGAAUUUUCAUUAGAAUUAUUUUUACUGUAUUCUAUGGUGCUUCUGAUGGUUAAAUCUGUAUUUGUGGGCUUGUUCCGGCAAAAUUAAUGUGUUAUCCAGCUUUCCGUUCGUCUUGAAGGUAUACAUACAAAAAUUACUCUGUUGUAUUCUUUGUAGUAGAACAUACAGUCAAUCAGAAUUUAGGAAAGUCUUACAUGUUCGUGGAUAUAUGAAGCUAAAGUGGAACCUCGAUGUAACGAACCUCUAUUUAACGAAGUCCUCUGUAUAAAGAACGAUUUCCUUUACCCCAGUUAUAGUACUAAAUAUACGAAAAAGAACCUCGAUAUAACAAAAGCUCGUUAAAGCGAACAAAUUUUGCCAGUUCCUUGGUUGUUCGUUGUAUCGAGGUACCUUGUAUAAUUAGAGAAAGUACGACGUCGCCGGGCAACGGGGACGUCAGAAAACAAUAGCUUUACUGAGCAUAACUACAAAUCUGCAUGUGCAUCGUGCUAAUGAGUUUACUGCGGUUUGGAUAAUAAAGGAAAGUGGAAAUACUGAUUAUGCCUUACUUAUUGUUAUUUUGCUGUAGGCAGUACGUCAGCUUACAAACAUUCAUCAGCAGAUGGCCGAAAUUCUUGUGCAGAAAUAUGGAGUAAGUUCUUUCUUUUGGUUGUUACUGUGUUGAAGCGUAAAGCGGCCUUCGUUUGAGGUCUAUUUCUUAGGUUAAGAAUUGUGUAAAGUUAAAGAUACUCAUCUUACGCCGGAAAAUCGUAACCGUACUAAAACUGUCAAACCUGAGGCGGACAGUGCACUCACUUUACUACCCCCACCCCCCCCCCCCCCCCCCCCCCCCCCCCCCCCCUCCCCCUCCUCCUCUUCCUUUUUCUGUCUCUUCUUUUGUCUCUUCUUUUCAUUUUUUCUUUUUUCGUGUGUAUUUUUUUUUUUUGUGCCUUGUUUUUUUUCUUUUUUUAAUAUUCUAUUUGCAUAAACCAUUGUUUUUAAAUGCUCCUGGGAGUAUUGCAUUUUCCCAAGAGCAUUUUAAGACAAUAAGUUAUGCAAAAUUUGGGGGGCAGACAGAGUGUAUUAUGGGGAAUUCGAAAAUAGUCAAUUUAUUCAGUUCUUAACCUAAGAAGGCCACGGGUACCCUUCGUAACUAUGAAUUGUGUGAUUUCAGCAAUCUGCUCGAUGUAUAACAGAUGAUGGUAGUUAUUCUCCUUCGAUGGACAAACCAGAGCAGGCACUAGACUUUGUACAAGAAGCUGUGUCCAGCUGUGGUUACAGCCUUGGUACUGACAUUCACAUCGCCCUUAACUGCGCAGCGUCAGAAUUCUAUGACCAGGUAAGCUUCCUAACCUUUUCGUCCUUAGUGACCCCAUCUUUUAUAAGUCUUGAUACCCUUUAGGUCGAUUAACGAACGUAUCAGUUGCGCCAAGUUGACCUCGUUUUUAUCAGUAAUAGGGGUCAAGAGUACGGGCUUAAAGGUGAUGUUACACGACACGAUUCGCAACGAAGACUUUUACCUCAACACAGCGUCCCAACAUUGUUGCGACAUUGUUUCGAAUGGUGACCACAUUGUUCCAACAUUGUAGCGUUCUGUUGUACUAAAAAUCGUCGUUUCGAAUCUUUUCGUGUAACAUCACCUUAAUGUUCGCCAGUAAUCCUAAAGCGACAGAAACAAGGGUCUAUGUGGUCACGAAGCGACCGAGCGAGCGACGUAGUCACGCGAGGUCGUUUAGUCCCGUUUAACGAAUUUUUUAAUUUAGUUUCCCGCCAAAUCAAGGUCAGGAGGCGAUGCUUUAUCGAUCAUGUGACAUUUUUAUUUGCGUCGUUGACUGUGAUUGGCUGCAGCUAUAAUUUAUUCAGGGAUCCGUUUUUGGUUGAUAACGGCUGCAAGCGAGAAAAAGAAUCCUUCUUUGUGUCAAAACACAGCCGUGCGACACACAAAGGACUUAAUGAAAGUCUAUUUGGACCAAAGCUGUAAUUAAAAAAUGAAAUGUUUCGACAUGAGUGGCUGUUUGUUUUAGCCUUUACAAACUGCCUGGACUUGAGUGUUCAGGCAUUACUGACCUCAAAAGACCAAAAAAAAAGAAACGACCGUUUGGUUCUGAUAACUUUUCCGACCGAUACUUCAGCGUAAAAGACCAAAUUUAAUGAGGGGAGGUGUAGGUCAUAACCCACCAACCAGACCCUAGCUCAUGAAGAAAUUCAUCAAGCUAGUAAAGUUAGAACCCAAUUCAGUUUCCGUUCAUUAUUUGUAACUCGUGCAACAAAGACCGCGCAAUACAUUGACUUUCUGGUCUCUAGCCUAAUUGUCAGGGUUUGUUUGUCUUGAAUUGCUAUCGGGAUUUCAAGAUUUCGGUCCUUCUGCUGGAAAAAGUAAGUAAAUGUACGUUCGUAGGAAGUUUCGACGGCCGAAUUUAGCAUCCUGUUAAAUAUGAACUCUCUUGGUUUUACAGGAGAAGCAGAAAUAUGAGAUAAUGGCUAAUACUUUCAAAAGUCUCGAUGACGUGAUUAACUUGUUCUGUGAGCUCCAUGACAGAUAUCCUGGUAUUAUAGCCAUUGUGGACGGAGUGCGCAGUCCGGUAAGUAGCCCGCAAACCACCUCAGUCUCUAGUUUGGAACCUGUGCGCCUUCUUGUCUCCCCCUAUCGCGAGCGGAAUCCGAGGUAGAGAGUGUACUCCGCCACCUUUUUGUGUGUGUGUGGAUGUACGUGCGUGGAGAUCAGCAAUUCGCUAUGUCAGCCCGAUGUAAGAGCAACUUUGAUUGAUUUUUCCAGUACGUUUCAUUGGAUGGUUUAACGUAUUAGCGCUUUGGAGUUUUUAAACAAGGGUAGAAAAAUGUAACCAUACGUGAAAUGGACUUUUGAGAACUGCAUAUAUGUUGCAGUACAAUAAUAUAUAUGACAUAAAUACUAUAACCUACAUUUAAAGCUUGCUAUUGAACCGGAUUCAUCCGAUAGGGUACACCUUUUGAAGAUAAAUGAAAAUCCUUAUUUCUACCCUCUGUUAUGUUUCUGUUAUGUUAUGUUUCUGUUCCCCUUGGCCUCUCUGUUAAAUAUUUUUGCAAUUCUCAAUAUACGUAGUCUGCUACACAGCCGUUUUUAGUGUCGUCACGCAACGCUCCUCCCCAAGGAGCGUUGCGUGACGACACUAAAAACGGCUGUGGAGCAGACUACAAUAUACGUUCAUGAAAUUUUCACUGAUAGGACAAAGAAGGCUGGAAAAAACUCAAUCAGCGAAUUGGAGAAAAGUGUUUUAUAGUUGGCAACGACUUGUUCAGGAAACACGCCAGCGUGUUAGAGUAUGCAAUGACAGAGAAGCUUAGCAGUGUUGCUGUUCUUAGUUUGGACCAAGCCAAUACCAUCACAGGCCUUGCAAAAAUGGCGAAGACCGUCGCAGGUUUGUUCGUAUCUGAAAUUUCGUGCAAGAUUAUUUAUUUGAUGUGUUAAAAUCGUGAGACAAAUGUGGUUAGUAUUCAUCAUGUUACAAGCUACCCCGUGAACGAAGGUUUCUUGUUAACACUCCGGGCGAGGUACUCUCUUUUAUGGCCUAUACGGGGAAACGUAAAGGGCUAACAGACACAUCUCGUGGCUGUGAAAAAGACAAGAAAACGUCCUGGUUUAGCAAUUUAUUCAUAUUAAAAAGAAGGUGCAUUAAAGGCAGUUUAAAGGAAUGCAGUGUUCUGAACUAGUUAUGUGAAAGGGGUACCAUUAGUCAAUAGCGGGUAUACGAAAGGGCUGGCUUUUUUGUCAAGAAAGGUAUGAAAAGGGUAAGGGUUUGCAACUCGUCACGGAGCCUCGCCCAACUUUCACCGUGUUCAUUGCCCUGCUUUAAUUCACCAAUUUUCAUCAUCCGAAAUCAUGUUUAUUGCAAACGGAAGCAGCAAAACUCACUUCGUGUUUGAUUUACUUUACAUAAUUUUCCUGCAGUUUUGUAGACUUUAACUCAUUUUGAAGUGAACUGCCGUUUCUCCUUUACAACCAACAAUGUCGCUUAUAUGUGGUAGUCAGCUGCCUUUUUUUUCUAGUAGCUUUGAUGAAGUAACAAUUUUUUUUGUUGUUCCAUAGAUCAGGGAGGGCUACUUGCGCUGAAAGAGGGUCCAUGUUCGGAUCCUUCUUCCAUUCUUGUGGAUCUGGUAAGUUUUUAUUUUUAUUUUUUAUCCCAGGUAGAAUACAAAGAACAAUUUGGGGUUAACUUGCGAACAAAUAGCCCUUUGCCUUAAGCGUCAUGAUUAAUCUAUUAUGUGUGCAAUACUCAAAUAGUUUAAGAGCGCUUUAAGUAUUUCAUUACACGUUGUCAAUGACAAAUAAUUUAUUCUGUUGUGAUUUUAGCCUGCCCAGCAGGCGGAGAGUAGCCAAAAUUAAUGCUGAUUGUUACCAUUCAAACGAUAGAUGCCGAGCCGUUAUUCCCUAGUAGUGACUUUUACCUUUCUUUGUGGCUCAAAAAGCCUAUGGAGAAUUUAAUUUAGGUAUUGGGCCACUCGUCCGUCAGUGUUUUGCCUUGUCCUCACUUGAAGGAAAGUACGGAAUUUCCCGCGUAAGAGGUGGCUUUUAAAUGAAAAGGUUUGUUGAAGUUCCCCUGCAAAUCACAGUCCAACCUAAUAGUUGCUCGCACCUGGGACAGUUUGGUGAGAACACGCUUCCUCAAGUUUUUCCCGGCAAGUCGUGAAACUGUUCUUACCCUCCCCAGGCUUUUACUGUAUUAUUAAAAAGUAGGAAGCAGGUAGAUACUGGGAACAAGUCUGAUCCAACCUCAUCUCCAAGGUCGCUCCUCUUCCCUCUCUUGAGAGAUCUUUGUAAUAAGGUGAUCACAAAAUCCGGGUCUAGGGCAGGGGGUAUUGUCGGGAUUCGGUAUUUGCCCAAAAUAAAAACGUUGCUGGGAUACGGGAUUUGACCAAAAAAAAGUGCGUGAUUUGAGUAAACGUUCGCGGGAUAAGUUAGUUGACUGCUACCCGGGUAGCGGGAUUCGCCAAAAUUUGGGACGGAAUGCGGCAUUGGGAAAGAAACGGAAUGCGGGAUGUCGAUGACCGAAGUUCGAGAUGCGGGAUUCUCGUGAAAAAGGAGCGGGAUUGCGGGGUGAGGAAAUCCCUUUCCCGACCCUGUACUCUGGCGUGAAAUUAUCGGUCCCACCAAGUGUUCUGUUCUGUCAUGAAAGGCAUGACGUUAUUUGGCGGUGCUUGUGGUAUAUUCAUACCAGUAACCUCCUUAAUCCACUGUAGGUGAUUCACUAUUCUUGUGUACACUCCAUACUUGUAUGGCACACCACACCCUGUUUGACCAAAAGACGCCACUCCAGUAAGAUACCAUUUUUCCCCUGUUCCUUGGCACAUCAAAGGUCCUGUGAAGAGUCAGUCAGUCGUGUGUUAUUGUAAGCCCUCUUUUUUACCAGUCACUUUCAGUCUGAAGCUACUUUACGGUUUGUUGUUCAAUCGUGUAACAGGGGAGUUGGUUGAUCUUUGAGCCGCCUCUCUCAACUUUGCAUUUUCAACAAAUAGACAGCAGUUUUCAAUUGGUUAUUUAAUAGAGAGAUUCAAUCUUACUGUGUGUUCGUUCAGUAAUAGAUCACAGAUGAGGUCACAAUUUGACAAGAACUAUGAUCCAUAAGAGUGAAGACAAAAUUUGCAGUCUAUUUUUUUGAAUAACAACAUAAACAACCACUUCAGGCUGGAAAUUAAAAUCGCUCAAGAGAGACAGAGAAAAACAAAGUGGGCAGUCGUUAGGUAAUUUCCAUGGUCUUCCAUCUCAAAAGAGACCUUUUAAGAUGAGGACCACUACGAGGACGAGAUUUGAUGACUUAAAGUUUUUUUUGAGAAUUCUUAGACACCCCAGAAAACUUGAUUUUUAACUUUUUCCGCCAAGAAAGUAACACGUUUAUUUUUAUUGAAGGUGGUUAAGCCCUCGUCUGAUCGCAGAAUCAUAAUACUUCUAACAUUUUGUAACUUGUUCCCGUCAUUACGACUUUUUCGCUAAAACUCGUAGUAGAAUGACGGCGGCUAUCACGUUUUCCCGCCAAUUUACACGUGCGCACUACUUUGUUUGAGAAAAUCUCGUUCUCGUAUGUCUUAAAAGCUCAAGAUCGACGAGAAGGAAGGAAAUCAUGUAUGUGCCUUUUUCAAUUAUUCAUAUCCCCAUGCCCGUGCUGUGCCCCUCAAUGGUGACCACACCUCUCGUUGGUAUCUGCCUCUUGUGAUCUGUACUUACCCCCACUGUCACCCUCACAAGUGUCCACACCCCCUUGUUUGUAGCCUGCACAUAUCAUGUCCUCAGGAAUGAUACCACUGUAUGACUGAGGCUCGUUGCAUUGCUGGUGUGAUACCAGUGGUAAAGCAGCUUCAUGCAGUAUUCUUGUGGGAGGUCCUUUGAUCUUCUCUGUUCCCCAACCCGCGAUGUAACACAGUUGACCUACAGGAAAACAGAACUUGUUAGCUCUUUGGAGAGCAAGGGUGGCGCAGUGGUGAGAGCCCUCGCCAACUACCAUUGUGGCCUGGGUUCAAAUCCCAGGGUCGACACCAUAUCUGGGUGGAGUUGUUGUUGGUUUUCUUGCUUGCUCCGCGAGGUUUUUCUCCGUGCACUCCGGUUUUCCCCUCUCCUCAAAAACCACCACGUCCUAUUUCAAAUUCGAUCCGGAGCGCACGGACACAUUUUGUAGGAAAACAAAUUUCAAUUUUUGUAGACUGCUACAAGUUGCAGAAUAAAUGACGCCCAAACCUCGUUGCCCCUCAAGUGAAGGAAAUCGUUCAAACAAGGAGAUUCUUCUCUCUCCUCCCACCCCCACCACCUUUUCCCCUCAUUCAUGGUUGUCACAGCAAGUUUUUAAUGUAGCUUUAUAAUGCGUGGAGCUUUAAUAACGACGGGGAGUAGCCUGUUAGCAUUUCCUUCCAAGAAAGUAGACGGGUCCUUUAACAUUGUUCAAAUGAUGUCGCUAUAAUGAAAGUCUUCAUGGUUCUGGUGAUGAUUGGUUUCGCCAACGUAGCCUUACUACCGAGUAUCACUGUAAAAGAUCUUUGCAAAAGCAAAGUACGCCUUACCAGCCUUGAAUAGUUGUCCAUUGUCCAGACACAUGCUCCGCACUUUAGAGGUGAACUGAACUGGUCUGCUAAGUUCUAUCAAGGCAAUGUCGUGUGUGGUUAGAAUCUUUUGUCCAUUUGGCGUGGUUUCAUUCCGUAUAUCCCAUUUGGGGUGUAAAAACACCUUUUUCACUGUUAUGUCCUGUUCCUCUCCUUCCUCCUGGUCCAUGUUAUGCUCGCCAACGCGUAUCUUAAAAUAAAAAGCACUGUGUACAUUUCCUUGAAUAACUGUAGGAUUCUGUUACUUUAAACAAAACGGUGUUUAAAUUCCUGCCUACCUAAUAAUCUUAGUUUUGCGACUGUUUUGAUUUUUGUUUUCAUCAUUAUAAGUGAGCCCAAAAUCAUUCAGUUUGCAGAACAUUAUUAAUGUUCAGCAAUCUGAAUAAUUUCUAGCUCAUCUUUGUACAUUACCGCGAAUAACUAGGAUUCUGUUACUUUAAACAAAACGGUGUUUAAAUUCCUGCGUACCUAAUAAUCUUAGUUUGCGACUGUUUUGGUUGUUGUUUGACGUAUUCACUAUGGAUGAGGUAACAUUCAUUCAGAUUGCAGAAAAUUAUUAAUGUUCAGCAAUCUGAAUGAUUUCUAGCUUAUCUUUAGCUUAAGUCGCCUUAUAUUUUUAAGAAUCAUUUUCAUGUUCUGAUACCGAACAUCACUCCAUUUGACCUUAAACGGUUUUACUGGAAUUACUAGUCAACAAACCCAGCAGUUGUACAAAGAAGGAUAGCAUAUUCACAAUCUAAAAGACGUAUCUAGCGCUUAUUUCAAACAAAUACACUGUUACUCAGAGAGAUCUAUUUAAGCCCUGUAAAUUGGGCUGCAUGGGUGAGUAAAAUCAAGACAGAAUCUCUUACGUGGCUCCCUUAACCAGGGCCUACGCAGUCCAAUAUACCUAGGGCUAAUUUGGACCCAAGGGCUGAAAUGAGUCUCAGUGUGAGCUGGAAUAGGCUUUUGUUGGGGUUGUUUUGGUGUAUUUUGUGAUCAAAAGGCUGAAAAGGCACUUCAGGGCUGUAACAGAAUUUUUUUUUUUACUUUCACUGCAAUAAAAAAGUAAAACCGUUGCUGAAAGUCAACCAACAGGAAAGAUCAUUGUGGACGAAAAUGGGCAGACAUUCUGUACGUGCGGGUAGCUGUACACGGGCUACACUACUUCGGCUUCUCGUUUAAGUUUCUAAGGAGCUAUGUCAGGGCUGUCUAGUCCACUGGGUUGAUAUUGCCGCGCAACUGAACGCGUCUUUAUUCGCUGAGGAACAGUGAUUUUGUUACCUCCUCGUUUUGCGUCCCUGACGCAUAAAAUCGCCAAAGAUGCACAAAAGUUCAUGGCACGCGUCCCGUAGGACGCAAACAUCGAUCGACCGAUCGAUCGAUCUGAAGAAGUUUUUGUAGAAUAUCCUGUUCGUGUGAUUUCUGUGGCUGUUCUUGUGGCUGUUGUUUAACGACGCAUAUUAAUUUCUUUUAUUCUUCGUUGUCCUUUACAAAAGAAUAUCUUUUAUCUGUCUGGUCACAAACGCCCAAGCAUUUUCAGUGUAGGACUUAUUGGUUUUUGAACUGGGACUCAAUGGGUCUGGAGUGGGACUCAUGAUUUGUUCACAAGAUGAGUCCUAGGACUCACCAUAACAAUUUGUAACAAAAUCACUGAAGAAACUUAACGUUAGCAAGGAAUUUGUAUAGGUAAUAGCAUGAUUUGUAGUGAAGUGGUAUUUAUGCCAAAUAUCACGUACAAAUCGUGGUAUUAAUUGUUUAUACUACUACCCUUAGAAGUCUUGUAAUUUUCAUAUGUAGGUAUUUCAAAUUAAGCUGAAAUACCACUGCUCUAAGCCAAUCAAAUUGCAGAAAUUUCUCCUGUAGUAGUACAAACUUGUAAAUAACAAAACGACAGCUUCGUAUAUCAAACAAAUACCUCUCCCAAAGCAUGAUAUCAAGUGUUUCAAAUGCCAAAAUUGAACUUUGAAAAACAGUAAGGCUAACAAGUCAAAAACCGCAACAGCAACUGCAAUUCGUUUUUUAAAAUCUUCAAGAUUGUCCACUAUCCGUGCCUUCUUUUAUUGUUUUGCUCACUUUGGAGAAGCGUUCACUGUUUGAGCUUUGAUAAAUAUCUUGACGCAGCUUCUUUAGAUUUAGAAUCGCCUUUACGGAAAACGGCAAACUUCGAUUUGUACCACGUGACCAAGUUUUUUUCUUUUCUUGUCGUUUACUGUUCAUUUCUUCUACACAAAUACUUGCAGUUUGGCAUGCUAGUUUUAUCCACAAGAAUUGCAUUGGACUGUUUUAAUCCGCUCAUUUUCUAUUUUGAGAAAUUUUCCACUUGAAUCUGACGUUUGCCGUUUGCCGUAAACGCGAGUCUAAAUCUCGUUAUUGUCACCUUAACCAUAGUAGCUGAACGGUCUAGGUGCUCUACUGCUUUGAUUCGAAAGUGGAGAAAAUAAGACGCUGAGAUAUUACCUUCAACAUCUCUGGGUAUUUACUAGCAGGUGCAAUCAUUGGCCCAACAUUGGCGAUGGUACAGUGGGCAGCUGUGAGAACCCAGCGGUCCGAAAUAAGAGCGGCACCACAUUUGAAAUACUCUCCAAGCCCCGUUAUAAAGAUGUUUGUCAUCCAGGGCCAGCUGCCAGGUUUAGCUUCAUGGCCUCCUGUGAUCCUCUUGUUGUUGUCUUCUUCGGCCCACUUUGGUCUCUCACCACACGUAGCUAAAUAUGGAAGAAAAUAAAACGUGAAACUAAAAAACUAAAUAAAGACUAAACCCAUCAGGAAAUUAAACAAUUUUUUAAUUUUCAGAAGACAGAAACAUUGUACAGUCGAAGCUCUCGUAAGCGACCACCUCGGAAAUUCGAGAAAAUGGUCGUAACUAGAGCUUACGAGAAUGAGCUCUCGUAAGCGACUGCAUGGUGAAACGUAGGGGGCUUAAGCAACUACUACGACGAAGAGGGCUCCCAGAAGAAAUUGUCUUUAUUGUGUUAUUACAGAAUGACAUAACUAAUCAUAUCUAAAGUUCUCAACGAAUGGAGUGUGCUCAGCAGGAACUCUACAGAUAAAGCAUUAGUUUGAAAUUGGUCAAUUAAUCUACGUUCUCCUUGAAGUGGUAUAUAUAAGACACAGGAAUUCGAUAUUUUCACGUAAAAUAAAAGAUCAGGUAUGCAUCUACGGAACAAAUGUUAUUUGCGAAAGAUGUUGAGGCACCAGUAGUUAAUUGAAUUUGUUUAAUCAUUCAUGAAAGCAGGUCGCAGGGAGAACUCGUAGUACUUCGUGAACUAUUGGAAAAUCUUUGGUUCAUUAAAAAAUGACAAAAAACGCUCCUUUUCCUAGGUUGUUCCUCUGCCUACUAAUUACAGUUCUUCAUCAGUUACCCUUUCGGUCUUAAAAGUGACCAACAUCGAAUUUCUCGUUACUAUUUCACUGGUUAAUCAAGCAAGAAAGACGUGAGAAUAAAAGAAAUGAUAGUCAAACAAAUUCUCCUUAUAGUGUCUAAAGAAAUAUAUGAAGAACUGUGAAGAGAAUAUGCAUGUUAAUAUAACUAAAGGACUUAACUAAGUUUAUUCUUACAUCGCCAACCAAGAGCAACUUCAUCCAUCUAAUCAUAUUUUUCUUCGUUUUACGAGCGCUUAAAAAAACCUAAACAGGACCAAUCUGUAUUUCGCAUGUAAGAGUUUUCCCUGAAAGUGCGAUCAAACCGACAUCUAUAACGGACCAAACCAGUUUAUAAAAUAUUGUCUCUCACCUGUCGUUCUCAGACACACACAAAAGCUCGCUAAAUGACAUGUGCACAAAGUAACCACAAGAAGUUGAUGUAUGUCCAUUUUCGUAAGAGUUUUGAUGAAUCUCUUCCUUGUAAUUUUCCAGCUUAAACUCUGACUGUCCUUUGGCGAGCUGUUUCUGUCAUAUUGCUGGUGUUUGUAUACGAAUCAUGAAGCAGUUAUUUUUACUCGUUACUCAUAUGUCGAGAGUUUGACCUUUUUAUUUGUUCCAUUUGUUUACUUGAAGUCCGGAUGUUGUUUACAGUUUUUCAUUGUGACAACUACUGGUAAAAUUUUAGCCGGGCUCGGUAUAUUGUGCCGUUUUAUUCGUUUACACACUGAUAGCAAUUCAAACUCCCACAACAGCAGAAGACGUGGUUGCGAGUUCAAAAUGAACAUGUUUGGAGCACAGCAAGACGUAAUGCGCUAACUUGAAACAAGGGAAAGGCGUCUAAAAAUUAUUAUAUCACUAUGGUGAUAAAGGGCAAUUAAAAUGAGUCUCACAUACCAUAUUUCUUUCGUUAAAUCCUGAGAGCCCAGCGCGAAAGAUUUAACGUCAUAUUUCUCGGACAAAAACUUCAUUACCUCAAGUAUGAUGGCUUUACACCACAAAUUAAUUCAUCUUAAAAAUUCUAGCAAUCACAGGAUACACCGAACUGAAGAUCUUUGGUCUCUAAACCGCUACAGAAACAAGCGCUUCAGUUUUAAAAUCAGGGCGAAAUAAGUUUCCCACAUCGUUUUCCAGCUGACUGGCUUCUUUUGUUUGCUUUGUGACGUCAACAAAAGGCGCGUAUGCGUGCGCUCUGUUGAUUCGUCGCGUUGUACUCAGGUUAGGUAGAUUUAUAAAAGGCAAUGUGGCAACAGUCACGACGGCGCGCGCAAACAAAUCGACGUGACCAAGGGCAAAGUGGCAAAUUGAGCACCUGGCCCCGGUUGUUCAAACGUUGGAUAGCGCUAUCCAACGUUUGAACAACCGGGGCCAGAAGUUGCGUUCAGUCCUUUGCGAGCGCUUUCGCGUUCUUGUUCGAAGUUGCGUUGUUUUUUUGUAAAUCUACCUAUUGUUGGACGAACUUUCGUCUGUUUUCGUCGCCGGUUUUGCUGCCCCGCGCAAUUUUUUUUAGGGGCUUUCACUCAGUCGGGAACAUGUAUGUCUUUUGUGCCUCUAUUUAAAGUUUUAGUCUCGUGUACUCAAAAACCACGCGAAUGAUCAUACAGUGAAAUCGCUACCUGUCAGACUCAUUUAUCUGAUUUUUCGUUGUUAGUAGUAUUGUAUUAUAAGCCCCUUUAGUUAUCCCUCCGCUAAUUUAAGUAGCCAAAACGUCUAUAAGGAGCGCAUCCAUAAAAAAUAAACCAUCCAUCAUCACGAAUUUUUUGGCAGUCCACCAAUAUCGUGAUUUCCCUCUAAUUAUAUACCCACGAGAUCCUGUUAAACUUCAAAACUUCCCUGUUAUAAUCUGCCCCUUGCGAAACUAAUCACCUUAAAUGGGGUCUCCAGAAAUUUUACAAUUUUUUGUUUGUUUAUUGACAUCGCUGAUUUUCUUUUUCUUCUUAUUUUAUUCCUUUGACCAGGCUGUGGCCUUUGGUGCGCGUUUCAUAAGACUAGGCGGUCCGGUCCGUGCGGAGCACGUCAGUAAAUACCGAAGAUUGCAACAGAUCGAGGAGGAGCUGGAACAGAGGGGCAUCCUAGCUUCACGCGAGCAGCACGUGUUUCCCGUCAUAAAUGUCGUCCAGGGAGAAGAUGGGGGAGAUGAAGAAAAAUAG